CUCCUCGUGCUGCUGCAGCGGCGUCUCACUUCUUCAGAGCCGCGCGGGCAGGUGGACACACACAAGUGAAGUUUAUUAAUGAUCAGAUGGGCAGCUGUUGAGUCGCUCUUAUAACGAUGGAGGUUCAUCGAAUGACUUCACAUCCCUCCACAACAGAAUCAGCGCCGUGGAGUAACGCGUCCCCCUCGUUUCCUCCUCCGUUUCUCUUUCCGAGCGAGAACUGGACCGACAGCAAUACGGUGGAUUAUGCUCCGGGAGUCGCCGGUAUCCUCAUCCCCCUCAUCUACGUCACCGUGUGCGUCGUCGGCCUGGUCGGGAACACUCUCGUCAUCCACAUCGUACUGCGAUAUUCCCAGGCGGAGUCGGUGACGAAUAUUUACAUUCUCAACCUGGCCAUCGCAGACGAACUCUUCAUGCUGGGUCUGCCGUUCCUCGCCGUGCAGAACGGCCUGCUCUCAUGGCCCUUCGGAUCCUUGAUGUGUCGCCUGGUGAUGACGGUGGACGCCAUUAACCAGUUCACCAGCAUCUUCUGUCUGACGGUGAUGAGCAUCGACCGCUAUCUGGCUGUCGUGCAUCCGCUCCAAUCCUCUAGGUGGCGCCAGCCUCGCGUCGCCAAGGCCGUGAAUGCAACCGUAUGGGCCGUUUCUUUCGUGGUGGUCCUGCCGGUGGUGGUGUUCGCCGGCGUUCUGCAGGAUGAUGGGAACUGCAGCAUCGUGUGGCCGGAGCCUGCCGAAGUCUGGAAAGCGGCGUUCAUCAUCUACACGGCGACCGUCGGGUUCUUCGGCCCGCUGACGGUCAUCUGCUUGUGCUACCUGCUGAUCGUGGUGAAGGUGCGCAGCUCCGGACGAAGAGUCCGCGCCACGUCGAUCCGCCGCAGGAGGUCAGAGCGCAAGAUCACGCGCAUGGUCGUGAUCGUCGUGGCCGUGUUCGUGUUCUGCUGGUUGCCGUUUUACGUUCUAAACAUCGUCAACCUGCUGGUGCUGCUGCCCGGAGAGUUCAGAGGUCUGUAUUAUUUCGUUGUGGUUCUUUCUUACGCCAACAGUUGCGCGAAUCCCAUUUUGUAUGGUGUCUUGUCGGACAACUUCAAAAGAGGAUUCCGGAAAGCCUUGUGCCGGUCGUCCAGACGUGUGGAAAACCACGAUCAGCAACCGGGAACGGGAAUGGUUGCGCUACCGCUCGAGGAGAUUCAAAGAGAACUGGACCCGAAGGAGCAUCUGAAGGUGACCGACGUCGAAGAGCACGAGGAGAACGAACUCCAGAACGGACACCAUGAGGACUCUAGAAAAGUGGACGUGGACGUCAGCCCGACCCGUGACCGCAGUGGAGCGCGGAUAUCACACCUGUCGGAGAACAGCAGGGAGAAAUGCUUGGUCCUGGAGAUCAGCUGCUUGUAAUGUGGACAGAUUGAGCUGCGCUGAUGCAGAUUCAUUACCAUUAAACACAGAUGAUUUAGUUACACUGCCAGCGAAGACCACAAGAAAACACGGCCUUCGCUCAUAUUCAUUGUUUAGAUCUUAUGUUACAUCAUUCAUUGAGCAGGAAACUGGAAAAUAUCAAUAUGUUUACAUGCACUAAUUUUCCUCAAUCACCAGUCAUAUGCACAAGGUAUUUUUCAAUAUGACUGGAUCGGAUUGAAGCGUUUACAUGCUUAUUUCUUAUUUCGGAUUAUCCAAUCGAAAUGUGAUUCAGAUCGAGCUCAGUCGGAUCGAUUAUGGUGUUUACAUGAAGGCUUUUCUGUCCGAUUAUAAACAGUUUAUUUGGGUGCAUGUAAAGGCAGCUACUGAAUCAGCUGAAGCAUCGCAAACACAGCGGCUUGUUAAGAACAGUGUUGGACUGUUUCCAUUUGAAGCACAGAAACUGCAGCUGUUGCAGUUGUCAGUGCAUGUGUGUGUUUGUGUGUUCACUGACAUUUGAGGACUCAAAGAAAAUCCAGUGCUGCUCCUCUGAUCAUGUGAUGCAUCUUACAUUAAAAGCUGUUGUGCAUUAUUACUCAUCUGGAAUACUUGAUUGUGAUUGGUCACUGGUGUCAUUUCUGUGGUAUAAAUGACUUUCUGGUCACAGAAUAAAAUCCUUUACACUCCUCCUAAUCAAUAAUUCAUCUCCGUUCAUUAAUGUGCUAACUAAGUAGUCGUAUUUUAAGUGGAAUCG